UCUGAUUAGAUACUUAGAUUAUUGAGCGAUUUUAUGUAAGUCUGAGGGCUGAAAGAAUUGUUGGUGAAGAGAGAAGAUAAUUUGGAUAGUUUCACUAUUUGAGCUUUUCGAAUUCUCGUACAGCUUCAUUACUCAAUUAUCGUACUUUGCAAGCUUAGCUAUUGAGCCUCUUCAAAUCAGUUCAGUUUCAGUUUCGCAGUUUGCCAGCCCAGUUUUGAUUGUCCAAAAUCAUGUCAAGAGUCAAGGAUCUCCCGUGGCCCUCGCGAAUACCAGAUGAUGAAUAUGCCGAAAUAGCUGCUGGUAUUCCUGCUAAGGAUGAGCCGGUCAUUAACAAGUAUAUUGGUGGGAGAGAAGCACUUAUAGAUCAAGAGAAGCAGCAACGCAGCGGUUUGUAACAUUUCAAUAAACUAGCUACUUUCGCUUGGACUUGCAUACUUACACACUCUUUACAACAGACUAUGCAUUCAAAUCCGCUCUUUCACCUCUCGCUCAGGAAGCCUGCAAUAUCGUCUCUCGCAUCCGUCUCGAAGAACAAGCGUCGAUCUGGACCUCGGAAUUCGAAAAUCAUGUUGCGCAAGAAACGGGGAAGAAUAUAUAUACGGGUAUGAUGUUCAGUCUGGCCAAGGAAAGAAUGGAACAAACGAAAUUAUGGCAGAUUGUGAAGAAGAUGCCCAAGGGUGCUCUUUUGCAUGCUCAUAUGGAUGCAAUGGUUGAUUAUGAUUUCUUGUUUGAGGAGUUAUUGAAGACGGAGGGUAUGUGCAUUUUUUGUGAUAGAGCUUUGGAUUCGCCUGAGAGUAGGGAAGCGGGUCCGGUUAAGUUUAGAUGGAGAAAGAAGGGAGAUGGGGAUGGUGCGGAGAUUUGGGAGAAGGAGUAUAAACCGUUUAGUUUCGUGCCUUUGAAGGAUGCUGCGAAGGCUUUCCCUGAUGGUGGGCGAAAUGGGUUUCUGCGUUGGCUGAGGAGUCGGUGCACUAUUACUGAUACUGAGUCUAUUGAACAUCAUCACGGUGUUGAUGCAGUAUGGAGGAAGUUUAAUUCGGUUUUCACGAUUCUCAACACGGUCAUCUUUUAUGAGCCUAUAUUUAGAGCUUUCAUGAAGAGAAUGAUGCAAUGUUUACUUGCUGAUGGCGUUAAAUGGGUGGAUUUACGACUGGCUUUCACUUUCUUUUACUAUAGUGAAGGACAAGAAAAAGCAGAUGAUACAUACAGCAAUAUGUUCAGGGUCUUCGGAGAGGAGAUUGAAAAGUUUAAGGCAUCAGAAGAGGGAAAAGGUUUCUGGGGCGCGAGGAUGAUUUGGACUGGCCUUCGAGUUUUGGAUACAAGAAAAAUUGUGGAAGAUAUGGAUGCUUGCCUAACCAUCAAGAUGACUUACCCGGAGCUCGUAUCUGGGUACGAUCUAGUUGGCCAAGAAGAUGCAGGAAGGCCACUGAAAGAUCUACUCCCUGAACUUUUCUGGUUCAGAAAACAGUGUGCCCAAGAGGGAGUGGAGAUUCCAUUUUUCUUCCAUGCUGGAGAAUGUCUUGGUGAUGGUAGCGAUACAGAUGAAAAUCUCUUCGAUGCCGUCCUACUUGGAACUCGUCGAAUUGGCCAUGGGUUUUCCUUAUACAAACAUCCUUUAUUAAUUGAUUUGGUUAAGGAAAAGAAGAUUCUUGUAGAGAGUUGUCCAAUCUCAAACGAGGUUCUGCGUCUUUGCGCUUCCAUCAUGUCACAUCCCCUUCCAGCACUUCUCGCUCGAGGAGUUUCUUGCUCUCUCUGUAAUGACGACCCGUCAAUUCUCGGUCAGGAUGUUAAUGGUAUGACGCAUGAUUUCUGGCAAGCUCUGCAAGGUUGGGAUAAUCUUGGGCUUGCUGGUUUGGGUUCUUUGGCCGAGAAUAGUGUAAGAUGGGCUGCAUUCGAGGAUCAAAACAAUGCCAAAUGGUUGGAGGAUGUCAAGGAUGCUUCAACUGGAAAUGGUGUGAGGGCGAAGAGAUUGCAAGAAUGGAGUGUGGAGUGGGAACAGUUUUGCUUGUGGAUAGUGACGGAGUUUGGAGAUGAUGGGGAUAGUGUGAAGAAAAUUAGAGAAGAUGGAGAUGGUCCUCUGGCUGCUCAGGAUUGAAUCUAGUAAGUUUGAGAAUGAUGGACCAUCUGGAGUUGAGAGCAUUUGUGUUUAGAGGAGCUACAUGCAUUCAACACGGCGAUUUAGGUUAUGAUUGGGGAAGUAUAAAAUACCCUGAUUGAAAGUGGGAAUUCAACAUUGAAAGCAUAUCAGAA